GUAAAUAGUAUAACAAAAUGUUGACUUGGUAUCAACUUGUAAAGGAAGACUAAAACUUGAGAAUGAAUAUCUGAAGAGUUAGAUUUUAUGGAACGAAAAAAAUAUGUCUGGAAGUACGAAGAGGAAAACUGAAACGACGAAAAAUAGUGAAGAAACGAAAUUAAUCAAACUUAUACAACUGACAAAAUCCAAUGAUGCUCUUGUGACCAACAAUUCCCAAACACCUGAUAAAUCUGAUGGACAAAAUCAAAAAUUGAAAAAUGAAAUCGAAUUAUUGGAUUGGUUUGGGAGUAUUUAUCAGAGUGAGAGGAAAUUUGCUCAACACAAACAUAGAGCUAGAUUUGUUGAACUUUUCACCAAUUUAAUCAAAUUUAGAUUAACUCACACAGACUGGCCACAACGUAACACAUAUGAUCUCAUAUCAAGGUGUUUGAUUUGUCUUCGGAUCUUAAUAAGAGACUCAAAUUUUCAGAGAAAAAUAGUUGAAAUUGGCGGAAUAUCUUCAUUAACAGAGCAAUAUAGAAUUGCUGCCGAGUACUAUCUAUCCCAAACAGAUAACUGUUAUCUUGUUGAUGUAUUAAGCAAUAUAUCUCUAAUGCUCAGAAAAUUGGCAACCACGGAGAGUAACAAAAGUAUUUUAAUUGGAAAUGAUGUCCACCAGAUCACAACUUCAUUACUUGAUGCUACGGACACUUUCAUCUUACAAUGUGCCUUGUUGAUACUACUUGAUCUUUCAUCGAAUCCUAAAAUUUGUGAUUACAUUGCUUCAUUGUCUUACGUUGUUGAAAAACUUGUGCGAAUUAUUGAGGAAUAUGACAACAAUUCGAGAGUUCAUGCCGCCAAUUUAUUGCGAGGAUUCUGUUCGAACCGCAAAAUUUGUGAGCAGCUGAUCAUAUUUGAUUGUUUACCCGUGUUGUUAAGUGUUUUGCAUCACGGAGAUCAAUGCGUUCUUCUUUUACAUAUCGUAUGGAUUCUGGUUCUGUUAUGUAAGGACCCACAACAUGUUAAAGAUAUCAGGUCUUUAGGUGGAAUUCCUUUACUUCUUAAUUUACUGCAGGAUGACAGAACACUGACUGUUGAACGACACGAGGUCACAAGUGCAAAUAUGAGGACAGGUAGAACUCAACCUGUUUUAACAGCACGAAGUGCCAGUGGUGACGCCACACCUGACUCUGAAGCGUUGGAACAAAUUUUGAAACUCAAAAGCGUUUGUUGUACAGCGCUUUCUGAGCUUAGCUUAGAUAAUGCACAGACUGUGGUUGAAGGCAAUGGUGUAUAUAUUAUAGCUAAGUUAAUUUUACCUGAAGAUCUCCCUUCAAGUUGUACAUCUUCUGCUUUGCAUUUACAACUGAAUGCGUUUCGGGCUCUGCGCUUUUUGUUUUCAAUGGAGCGUAACAGGAGACUUUUUAAGCGAUUGUUUCCAUCUGAAAUGUUUCAAACAUUUAUUGACAUUGGACAUUAUGUCAGAAGCCAGGAUAGCUAUCAACCCUUGGUAGAUGCGCUCAAUAAACUUGGAGAAGAAUCUCUUGAAAAUGUUAUAGAAAAUAUUGAAGAACUGAAUCAAAAUAGAAAACCAAGACGUUUUAUUAAAGGAAUUUAUGCUGUGAUGGAUUUACUAGGAAGUGGUGCGUUUGGUUCAGUAUAUAAAGUCAAAAAAGAGAAUGAAGAAAAAGCAUUAGCUCUCAAAGAAGUCAGUAUCUUUGUUGGUGGCAAAGAAAAAGGUGGGAAAAGCCGACAGAAGAGACGAGAGCUUGAUGAAAUUGUCCGUGAAUUAACAAUUAUCAAGGAACAACUCAGGCACCCAAACGUUGUUCGAUAUUAUAAAACAUUCCAGGAAAACGACAGGUUAUACAUUGAAAUGGAAUUGAUAGAAGGAGCUUCAUUGCAAGAGCAUUUCAAUGCUCUUAUCGAAAAGAAACAAAAUGGAAUGGAAGCAGACAGAGUUUGGAGAGUGUUGAUACAACUCUGCCUUGCGUUGCGGUAUUUACACAAAGAAAAAAAUAUUGUCCAUCGAGAUUUAACUCCUGGAAAUAUAAUGCUUGGAGAAAAUGAUCAUGUUACAAUCACUGAUUUUGGCUUGGCCAAACAAAAACAAGAUGAGAGUAAAUUGUAUUCAGUAGUCGGUACUUUAUUAUAUUCAUGUCCUGAGAUAAUAAAAAGCGAACCAUAUGGUGAAAAAGCUGAUAUCUGGGCAUUGGGUUGUAUCUUAUACCAAAUGACAACUUUGAAACCACCUUUUCCUUCCGAUAACAUGCUGUCUCUUGCGAAGAAAAUUGUCGAAGCAAGGUUUGAAAACGUACCGGGUACUUCAGAAUAUGUUUCUCAAAUUAAUUUUGCUGUCACCAAGUGUCUAACCGUUGAACCAGAACAUCGUCCUGAUAUUGUAGAAGUUGUGAGUUUGAUUGCAGCUCCGAUGUUAAGAUACACCGAUAAUGUAACAAAGCUUUAUCACAAGUCUGAGAGAAAAUUGGAAAAAGAGCGAAGGCGAACACAAAGGAAUUACCAUGAAGCAAAAAGGAAUAUGGAAAAUUAUAGAAGUCUGUUCAAAGCAUCACAAGAGAGCAAUAAUCGUAUUUAUCGUAAUUUUUCAAUGUCUAAUGCUCACACGUUUACCCAGCAAGAAAAAUUUUCAAGCUUUAAUCCAAAUGUAAGCUCACCUGCUAUAUUUACACCAGUGACCCCUCCAAAUGGCCAUCAACGACAACAAUCUGGCGAGGCAACAAGUCCUGGUUCUGAUGUGUUUUCUGAAGCUUCAUCGUCUGGUUAUGCUAGUUUAAUGGAUGCAUUUCCAUCCGAUGCGAAACAGCCACACCCUCCAAGAUCACGCCCCAAUUCCGCUAAGAAUCAAUCAAUAAAAAAGCAGGAUUUACCAUGUCGUGCUUUGAGUUUUGAUAUGUCAGAGCAAGGUACUACAAAGGAUUCCUCUCUUAGUCGAGUCGGUACUGCAUCUCGUGGAAGGCCUGGUUCUGCAAGCAAUGCAGGUACUUUAACAAUUUCACCAAGAAAAGUUCGACAAAUAAAUGAUCCGGUACAAACAAUGUUACAUCAACUUCACAAGAUUAUUUUCAUCGACCAACUGCCCCCGACAUCUGAAGUAAAUUUCUGUAGACGAAUAAUAUCAAGAUACAAGCGAGCAUUAUUUUCACCACAAAGUACUUCAGUUCAUUUGAAAACUGAGCUGAAAAAAUUGCUUUCCGGGUCUCAGGAUUAUAUUGAUGCAUUUCCUAUGAAUGACGCAUCAUCUCUUGCCCGUCAAGCUACAGCUGAGGUUGCUGCAAAAGAGUUGCCUGGGAACGGGGUCAAUUCUGUGACCUCGUCGCCGUCGACAACAGGAGAAGAAGGUGUGACUUAUUCACAAAUGUAUUCAAUGAUUGAAAAGGUUUUAUGUGAAUGUGGAUAUUAUGAUGUUACCAGAGUGUUAUAAAAAGUUCCUGUACAUUAUAUCCCAAUAUAUACGACAAUAUUUCCAUCAAUAAUAGUAUGUGAUAAUAAUUGCAGGAACUAAAUUGGAAAUGGUGAUAUUUAUCAGAAACUACAAAAGAUAAAUUUAGUUAUGAAAAAGAUAAAGAUGGCUAUAAAUGAUAAAUUUGCUGAAAUUAUCUUUAUCAUCAAAAUUGAACCACAGCCUUUCUUUAUAUCAGAAUACUCCAUACCUUUUAUAAAUUAAUAUGAAGAUUUGGAAUAGACACUAGACAGUCUUUCUUUGCCAAGAAAUGGUUUUAGUAAUAUUGGUCAAUCAAUUUAGGUUGAUAGACUUACCAUAAUAUGGUAUAUUAUAUUCCCGCAUAUUAGCCAACUAACUUCCUAGAAACAGCCCUAAGAUGGUGAAUUUAUAGAAAUUCGCAUAUAAGCCAACCCUACAAAUCGUAACAUGCUGUACGCGUCGAUCACAGAAAAUGAUUGCAGAAGAGAAUUAGUGCGAUCAGAGUUAUGCGUGUAUAAGCAGAAUUUAAGAGUUAUGUGGGUAAAGGCUGAACCCUUAGUUUGGCAACUUUUUUGAGUUUUAACUCAAUAUACGGUAACACAUUUUUCAUUUACAGUGUAGUAAUAUGCCUUCUUGUAAAGUUUCCAUAUUCUCAGCAAAAUUCAUUUCUGACAUUGUAGUGUGUAAAAACCAUGUUCUAAUGAGUUUCAUUUUCAUAAGAAGCCAUACAUCAAUCUUUUUAGGCAGAACAAUAUUUAAAGUAAAACCACGGGUAUUGCUGAUUAUUUUUGGUUGAAUUUCAUAAAUUUUUACUGAAUUUUGCACCCUGUCAUUCCAACUUUGUUUUACUCGUUAAUUCGAAAGCAAGGAUCAUACCUUUACUUCUUUUUACCCUGAGUUACCUAGAAUUUGCUAUGGAAGUUUGUGUAUUAGUUUUUAUAAAAAAAAAAUAUUUCUUGGCUUUGCAUCAUAGCUUAUCUGGAAUUAUCUUUUUUAAAUGAAUUUUCAUUGAAUUUAAUUGAAUUUGUUUCGUGACUGCAAUUCUAUCACAACCAAAAAAGUAAUGGUACCUUACAAAUGUGUCUUAAGGCUAGGCAUGGCUAUCUUGUAUAAACUGUAAGUCAAUGACCAGUCAGUAAUAGUUGUCCAUCUUUUGGUAUAGGGUUUGGUAACUUUCCGAUAAAUAGAAAUAUAUUUUUUGAACAUUUCUUAUUGCACAAAUUUGUUACCUAAAUUUCUAGUGGUAUUUUGAAGGAGACUAUUCCUUCAUGUAUUCAAAUUUGUUAGUAUUGAACAAUUGAUCCUUGACUCGCCACACUGCUGUAUGGUAACAGCUGUAGCAAAUGCUACAUACCGGUAUACAAAAUAUCUUGAAUAUGAUAAUUUUUUGAGAGAAGUUUUUUAUUACUUUAAAUCGAUGUAACAUGUUUUGUCAACUCAUUUUUAUUUUUUGUUUCUUCAUUUUUGUUAAAAGGUUCCAUCACUGUUGAAAUGUGUGCUUUUAUAUCAGUUGUCAGUAUUGUAGUUAAUUUUUGCUUAUUCUUGUGUCAUAUGUAAUUGAAACAAUAACCAUUGUCUUGUAAUAAUUCAUAUAUUUUUAUCAAUGAUAAUAUUCCUCAUUGUGAAGCGACAAUCUUAUUUGAAUAAUAUUUUCUUGGAUAAUACUCUGUAAUCUCUUUGGAAAUCAAUUUUUUGGGCUUUCAAUGUAAAUUUAUUUAUAAAAGCUAUUAUUUUUCAACUGUUUGAUACAAAAAUUACAUAUAUUUUAUUAAUGAAUGAUAAAAGUCUAUUUUUGAUGCCUUUGUUUCAUACAUUGUGACAGAAUAAUGGUACAGAUUGGUAUUUAUAUAAGUUAAUUGUGUGUAUAAAUGCACAACAUUUGCUCUUGUGACAAUCUAUUUUUCAUAUCCUUGCUAUUUCUGAUUAGCAAUUCUGUAUAACUUGAUUCAUAUUUCCCUUUGCCUAUUCAUUGUGGUGAAAUAUACAUUUUUUCUCCAAACAUGUUGACCUCCAAACAGGUCCCAAGGAUAAUAUAUAAGGGUUCUCAUGAAUUUUCCUUGUCAUAAGUUUCAAGUAUGAAUCAGUUUAAAGUUAAAUUGGACGACUAUUUUUGUUUUAUUUCUCAUUGUUGUGCUUGUUUUUAGAUUAAAAAUAUAAAUUUUCUAAAAAUAAAAGUAAAAAAUGAAUGUGUUUCGGCGAUUAAUGGAUGCUACACCAGCUAAAAAAGUUAUUUUAUACACCAAGGUAGUGUUUCGGCUUUCUUCCCCUUUACUUAUGUUCGGGGCUUUAGAAAUGGCAACAGUAUUUGUAAUUAGUGAACGAAGAUGGAGAAAGGGAAGCGCAAGGAUUAUUGAUCCCCCUGUAUGGAAAGGAUACACAUCAGAUCAAAUUCAAGAAAUUAUCAAAGGCCGUGAAAAAAUAGUCUCAUGCAUGAAAGAUCUUUAUGAGAUGAAACCUGGUUCAGCAAAAGAUGAAACAGUCUCACAAAUAUUUACAAAGGAUUGUAUUUAUGAAGAUCCAAUGCUGAGACUUGUCAAUAAAAAGGAAAUAUUAAGCAUUUUCAAUCAUCUGCAAGGGACAUCAGCAAAAUCAGAAUUUGAAUGUUUUGAAGCUACACAUUACAAGGAAAAGAUAAUUAUUGAUACUCUGCGACACUCUUCUGUACCACGAUACGGCGAAGAAUCCAAAUUACCACCAUUACGAGGCAAUAUAAUAAUAUAUUUAUCACAAGAUGGCACUAAAGGACAGCAGCAAAUUAAAUCUAUUCGAGAUGAAUGGAAUUAUUCAGCACUGAUGCAACCUGAAACUCAUAAUGCGUAUGUUUUCGCUGGUUCUUUCGCAAAGCUAAUGCGACGUGUGUGUUAUUAUAUCAUAAAACCAGACAAAACUUUUUUCAACAUUUUUAUAAUUCUUGACUGGAAAUCUGAGUUAUCUACAUUUUUAAACCAAAAUAUUAAAGAAUUUGAAAAGGGACAAAGAAAUAAGGAGGUGGAACAAAGACACUAUGAUGAAUCUGGCACAGUUGUUUUUGAUGCUGGAAUUUCUAAAGCAAAAUAAAACUUUAAUACAGUUUCGAUCUGUUGAACUAUUUACUCCAUAUCAGUGUUCCCAUUGAUACUGUCCCCACUUUCACAGUUUUUCUUACCUAUAUAAUAUAUGCUGUGUCAAGUUCACGUUUAUCUAGAUUCCACUGGGUGUACUGGCCUGGAAUGCUUAUAUUUGUUCAAUACCAUGAGAGGCGCUCCAUUUUUACAGGCAGUCUGGUUGGUAAUCAACAAGCCAACAAGGUGGGAGCAAGGUGUGUUCAGGCGCCUUUUAAGAAUCUUCAAAGUAUGAAAGAUUGCUGACCCUACAUAUGGCUGGUUAAAUGAAAAAAAAGCUUCCUACCUGGGGUGCCAGUAGCCCUGGGCUGGAAAACGCUAAAUAUUACAUGUCAUCAUAAUGUGUAGCUCCAUUUUUACAAUUUCUCAGGCAGGCUAGUUGGUAAUCAACAUGGUGAAGCGAAGUGUGUUUGGACCCCUUAAAGAAUCUUCAAAGUUUGGGAAAUUUCAGCAAAACACUGAAGUGUAAAUAAAAGAAGAUGCUUUAGAAACACCAUAUAACCGGCUGCCUGGAAUGAUGUUUAAUGAGAUGCUGAUAGCCCCGGUACGAUGUGCUACAUGAUUUGGGUUUAAAAAAGCGUCAUAUACCCGUGGUUCUACUAGCCCUGACCCCUGAGGCUCUGCUAAAUAAACCCCCACACUACAAUAUGGUCUUCCAAAUUCCUCAUUUUUGCCUGAGUAGUAAAACUAAAAAUGCACAUCCACUGUUUAUUUCAGAAAUAUUAAUAUAAUAAAUUAUUAAGUAAUGAUUAAAUAUAUUUAUAUCUAGCCUAUCUAUAAAAAUAGCAAAUUAUCAAAAUAAUACAAAUUACACUGGCAGAAAUACAUUAAUCUAUAUAAAUAUACAAUGGCACAAUGCAAAAUUAUCAAACAUGUCCUCUUUAUACUAUAUAUAAAGUUACAUCAGGUCUGCAUCAAAAUUAAAUAUGGAAGCUGCAAGGUUUUCAUAAUGUAUUCCCUACACACAACACUAACACUGCGACGAAGUGUCAAAAAACAAGUUAUUUUGGAAUAUUUAUAUACCGUUAUGGAAUUUUGUGCAGCAUGUCACCAAAGGAACAGGCUUUAAUAAAUCAUGAAACACGCACACUAUUUGAAUAAAAUUCUGGAUACCUUUUUAUUUCAUGCCUUAUACUUCAAUCUAUUAAAUUAUAAAAAAAAUGCAGUGUGGGAAAUAUGGACCUAAAAGUUUAAUUUGCAAUAGGGUUGAUGGCAAGGUUGGUUUGUUAGGUAAAAUAUAGUUUUUCUGGUUACAAUGAAAUUAGUACUUUUCAAAGGUUGAAGGUUUAUAUGCCAUACAAUGUAUGUAUUCCACAUACAAUUCGGGGCAAGCUUAUGCAGCUGAAGGCUGUUAAUUACUGAGGGCCAAUCGCACCUCAGUAACUUAAUUGAAUAGAUGAAGUUUUAGACAUUUUAAACAUGAUUGGAACUAAAGAAGCAUCAGUCAUGGGUAUGUCAAUGUACGAAGAUGAUGGCAACCCAUCUCCAUCAGUCAGUCUAUCGCACUGGUUCUUAAACCAGCGGGCCAUGGCCCACUUCUGGGCCACAGGAACAUUUUCAGGUGGGCCACAAACAUAUUAAAAUUUGCUAAAGUUAUUGAUAAAUUGGUUAAAAUUAGAUUGUAGUAACAAUGAAUGAUGGUGCUGUUUUUUAAUUCUCAUUAUUGAAGUGGAAGUCUUUUGUAAAGAAUAUUUUGUUUUUCUUGUAGUUUUUCCUAUGCAUAAGAAAGUUCAUGGGCCACAGAAUUCAAAAGUGGGCCACGAAAGAAAAGGUUGAGAACCAUUGGCCUAUCAUAUACAUGAGCAAGAACU